AUGUUUGGCAAUAAUACUACCUCAGGCGGUAUGUUUGGCAACAACAAUACCAAUAGCGGUAGCUCCAACAUGUUUGGGGCCGCAAAGCCUGCCACAACCACCCCAGGAAAUGCGUUUGGUGGAGGAUCAUCAACCACUGGAGGAGGACUCUUUGGAUCAAAUUCUGGAGCAUCCGCUAGUCCAUUUGGCAGUAACACUACAGCCAACAACAACAAUACAACAUCUUCAGCACCUGGUGGUGGGUUAUUUGGAGGUGCUCCUGCCCAAUCAACUGGGGGUUUGUUUGGAAAUAAACCAGCUGCUGCUACACAACCAACCACUGGAGGAAGUCUCUUUGGAGGCAAUAAUAAUAACAAUACUUCCACCACUGGUGCUUCAAGUGGAGGAUUAUUUGGAGCCAAACCAUCUGGUGGUGCUGCGCCUGGUGCUACCACUGGAGGAGGGUUAUUUGGAUCCAAUCCUGCUGGUGGUGCUGCCCCUGGUGCUGCCACUGGAGGGUUAUUUGGAGCCAAGCCAGCUGCAUCCACCACCGGUGGAUUAUUUGGAGCUUCUGCUCCUUCAACUACUGGAACCACUUCAGGUGGUCUUUUCGGCAACAACAGCAACACUGCUUCAUCUGGAGGUCUCUUCGGAAACAAUAACAACACUGCAACAACAUCAACCACAGGUGGAGGACUCUUUGGAAACAAAACUGCAGGAGCUCCAGCUACUGGAGGUGGACUCUUUGGUAAUAAUAACAAUACUAAUACUACUAAUAACACCACCACGGGUAACUCUCUCUUUGGAGGACAACAAAAUAAUACCAAUAAUCAACCUGCCACUUCCAAUUUGAAUUCAUCACAACCAUCUUUUAGUUGGAGUCAACAAUCUCAACCAAAUCAACAAUCUCAAAUUGCUCAACAACCUCAACAAGCGCAGCAAUUUCAACAAUCACAAUUCCAACAAUCGCAAUUCCCUCAAACUAAUCAACAAAACAAUUCAACUUCUUAUACACCAGCUAUUAAUGAUCAACUUUUGAAAAUUAAGGAACAAUGGGAUCCAAAUUCCUCUAAAUGUGCUCUUAAGACUCACUUUUACAAUAAAUUGAGUGACCAGGAGGCCAGUCAACUUCUUUUAAACCAACCACAACGUCCUGCUAAUGAGACUCCAGAGGAUUGGGACAAGGCCAUGAUGAACCGUCCUUCUCCACUGUACUUCCCCGCUAAGGUGACUUCAUUCACCGAGGUUGCUCAACGUAUAGAAGUUCAACUUGACCAUGUGGCAAAGGCUAGAAUAAUACUUAAAGAAAUUGACGAGAAGCAGCUGGCUAUUUCUUCUAAACAUGAUUUGAAUAACACCACGAGAAUCUUGAAAGCGAAGCUGAAACAUAGCAUGUUACUGCGUAGGUUAUUAAGAUUGGCCACUGUCUUAGCCAUUCUUAAGCUUAAGGGAUAUCCAUUACUUCCAGAAGAAGAAGAGAUAUCUCGUCAAUUUGAAUCUUUAAACCAAAAAUUGGCCGAUCCUGCCAGUCCAUUAGGUAAGAUGAAUGAUGUGUUUGCCCGUUUAGCCAUCUUGAAGGAUAGACUGGAAGAUUUUUCUUAUCAAUUUGCCUCCAAUGUUAGAGAAUUGAAUGGUGAAGACGAAAAGACUGGAGAAGAAGACGUCGCAGAUGAAAGAGAAAUCGUUACCAAAUUGACGAAAUUGUUAUUAAAGCAACAAAUUGGAUUGAACCAUUUGAACGCUGUCUUGGAGAAAGAUAUGGAUACAGUUGAGAGGAGGUUAUAG